AUGGCGGUGCCACUGGCGACGCCCAGACUCCAGGAAGCCGUUGUGUUUGAGGAUGUGGCCGUGUACUUCACAAGAAUAGAGUGGAAGUGCCUGGCCCCUGACCAGAGGGCGCUGUACAGGAACGUGAUGUUGGAAAACCACAGGCACGUGGCCUCACUGGGCUUUCUUGUUGCCAAACCAGCGCUGAUCUCCCUUUUGGACCAAGGGGAGGAGUCAGGGACCAUGACCAACCGGUGCCCAGAUUCUAGGAUGGAGGCUGGGGUCAAGGAGUCUUCUCUAAGGAGAGUGUCCUCUAGGCAGUUAGGACUGUUGGGCACAGUUUGGGGGCACUUCCCUGAGGAGAGGAAUGGCCGUCCUAAGGACGGGUCAGAUGAAAGACCCCUCGACCCCCAGGCAGGCGGCUUUGGUGAGGAACUUAGCACAUCCCCGGGGGCCCUGGAGGAAAAACAGCCAGGCUCGGGCCCUGAAGAGGCUGUUGGGGAGAGAGUGUACAGGUGUGCCUGUGGCAAGUACAACUCGCUGCUGCUCAGGCACCAGGUCAUCCACAAGGGGACCAAGUCCUACCAGUGCACAGAGUGUGGCAAGGCCUUCAAGCAGAGUUCCAUCCUCCUGAGACACCAGCUGAUCCACACGGAGGAGAAGCCCUACCGGAGCUGCACGCGGAACGCGCACUACCGGCUCCACAGCGGUGGGAGGCCCUACAGGAACCUGGCAUCUUAUAAAAGGUACGCCAGAAAGGAAGCCACCAGCCCCACGCAGAGCUGA